AUGGCUAGCGAGGUCACCUCUACCUGCCCUCUCCACCAUCUCCUCCGUUCUCUGACGCUGAUGCUGUUGAGGAGCUUUGCCUCCACCUCUAGUAACAUCGUUGUCGCCUCCGGCGGCCGCCGGCGCUGUCCCCAGCAUCCGCCGGCGCUGUCCCCAGCAUCCGCUGGCACCUCCUGCCGUCGAGGAGCUCUGCCUCCGCCUCCAGUAGUGUCGCUGCCGCCUCUGGUGGCCGCCGACACCACCUACAACGCCCGCCAGCACCUCCCACAACCACCGCCGCCCCCAGCGGCCACUGCAAUGACCUCCGACAGCUGCCAUCUCGCCGCCUUCAGCGGCAGUCUCCACGCGCCGCCGCCACCCUCCGCAUAA